CACCCCUUGUGUCUCUUAGCCCUACAGGUUGUCAAAUUUCUUCAACAAGACAUACAUCAACUUGCAUUAUCCGGGUCAGGGGUUCCCUACUUGAGUCGGCUAGAGAACAUAAGGUUAUACAGACCCUUUAGGCUCCCACCACCAGAGCUCUUAAGACCUCGGGAGUAAGGUCUACUCACAAUGGCGACGCUUGCUCCGCGGAUGUCUCGAGCUGCUCCUUCCAUAGGCAAGCUCGCCCGCGCGACGCCGCGAGCGACGCCGGCAUGCGGCUUUGCCGCCGCUAAGGUGACAGGAUCGGCGACCUGCAGAUGGCCUACCGGUGAUCGGCCAGCACACAGAUCCUUCCACAGCACUCCUAUGCGUGGUUCUAAGCGAGAGCCGGUUCAGGGAAGCCCUUCGGUGCUGCCUGAAUUCGAUUUGAGGGGCAAGGUCAUUAUUGUUUCGGGUGCAGCACAAGGACUCGGCCUCGUUCAAGCCGAAGCACUUCUAGAAGCAGGCGCUACAGUACACGUCUACGACAGACAACCCGAGCCGGCUUCGGGUUCGAAAUAUGACAAAGUAGCCCGUCGAGCAAAAGAGGAGCUGUGCACCUCAAUGUAUUACCACCAAGUCGACGUAUUAGACGGCGCCGCCAACCUCCAGAAGAUUACCGGGGAAGUUUUUGAAAAAGAGGGACACAUCGAUGGCUUGAUUGCAGCAGCUGGUAUCCAGCAGGAGACCGCCGCUCUAGAUUAUACGGCAGAGGACUCGAACCGCAUGCUGGCAGUCAACGUUACCGGCGUGCUGAUGACAGCGCAGGCAGUUGCAAAAUACAUGUACGAAAACGAUACACCCGGGAGUAUCAUCCUAAUCGCCAGCAUGAGUGGUAGCGUCGCAAAUCGUGGCCUGAUCUGCCCUGUAUACAACGCUUCCAAAGCCGCCGUGCUCCAACUCGGUCGCAACUUAGCUAUGGAGUGGGGUGUCAAGAACAUCCGCGUAAACACAAUCUCCCCAGGCUACAUCGUGACGGAAAUGGUCCAGAAACUAUUCGAGAAGUUCCCGGACCGGAGUGUUGAAUGGCCCAAGCAGAACAUGUUGAACAAACUGAGCAAGCCGGAGGACUACCGUGGCGCGGCCGUAUUCCUGUUGAGUGACGCUAGUCGCUUCAUGACUGGAGCCGACUUGCGCAUCGACGGAGGCCACUCCGCCUGGUAAAUCAUAUGAAUAUUGACACCUUGGGUAGUAGAUUUACAGGAUAUAUGCUGGGGGGCGACCUUCUCGGAUGAACGAAUGGGCAUCAUUUGUGGUUGAGCUUGAGGAUACUGAGUUGGGAUAAGUAUAUUACAGGCGCGGAGCG